CUUAUAAGUAACCGCUGCUCCUCCACGACCAAACACAUUGAGGUUCAUCUGCAAAUACAUUUCUUCUCCUCCUCUCCUCUCCUCUCUGGAAAUAGAGAAUUUCCCCUCUUGAAUUCUCUCCGAUUGAAAUAUAAAAUUCUCCGUACUUCUACAAAUUUUCUCUCUUGAAAUUUCAGAUUAGUUUUUCCCUUUAUACGAAAUAUCUUUCCCUUUGUAAGAACCUGCCCUUCUGUUAUCUGUAUCUUCAAUUUCAUAUCUGCUUUCAGUAUAAUGGGUGUUGUGGCUGUCCUAAACCCUCAAGAUUGUCUAGAACAGCCUUUCUCUCGGAAGACCCUAAUCUCUCCGACUCACAUGAAGAAGUCCCGAAACCCUAACCCUAACGGGGCUAACCGCAUACAACCCGACCGUAGGAAAAAGAGCCCUACGCCGCCUAGCACAGCCAUCCUGGGUCCUGCUCCGAGACUUUCCGUGACCCAGCAAGCGCUCUCCUCCAAGAGCCUCGUCAUGGGUCAGGUCAAGAUCCUUAAACGCGGUGAAAAGCUGAACGACACGGCGUCUGAUAAGGAGAACCUUAGAGUGCCGGAUCUGGGAUCGACGGAGUGGCUGGGUCCGGAUCCGGGCUCGGUGCCGUCUCGGAUCAAACUGUCGACGGCGUCGAACGGAGUCUCCGGGUUCUACGCCGGGUCCUCGGUGUUUGUUGCGUCACCGCCCCCUAGUUCGCUUCCCUUACCGGUUUUUUUCAUGAAGAAGUGUGUUCCUGGAAAGAACGAAGAUGUUGCGAGCGACUUGCGUAGGAUUCUACGGCUCGAUUUAGCAUAACCUUGUGGUGGUAGGAUGGUUCGGCAGUCUAUAAUCAACUGUGGAUGUGGAAUAGUUGUGGUUUUGGUUUAUCUGAUUCUCGAUCUUCCCUUACAUUUUAUCGAGGCGAAGGUCGAGUUGACGACCCUAAAGCAAUUAUGGUAUCAAGUAGUUUUAGAUUGUUCUUUGAAAGAAAUUUCAAGUCUAAAUUAUCGUGUAAAGGAUUAGGUUUCAUUGGGGUUUGUUGGUUUUGGGUGCUUGGAUUUGGAUAGUAAGGUUGAUGCGUGGGUUUUGUACCUAGUUUGUACUUUCUUUCUGGUUUGGGUGGUGGUUCUUAGAUUGUUGUUAAAGGUUCGAGCGUCUAAAUUUAUAGGUUUGGUUUGUGUUAAAUUUCUGUUUGAUGAAUGAAAACGAUCUGUUUAUUUGUCUUACAA